AUGUCUCUUUCGGUCGCUUCUUCUAUGUCAAGGUGGCGCAGUAUUCUGGAAUACGGCAAUAACGGAAGUGAUAUCAAAGAAGCUCAUGAUAAUGACACGCCCACCGUGAUCGAUGAAUUUGAUGGUCCAUACACCCAGUCUCUCAAUCCCCAGACGUCUGGAGAUAUUGAAUGUCUCAAGAUCAUAUAUUCCUUGCGCACUGCACAACCUCAGGCCAUUAUCAACAAACUCGUUACCGUGUUAGAAGAAAGGCAUUUUACGUCCUUGCAACUCAAGAUGCUAGAACCACUUCUUCAAGUUGCAGGAACCAUGAAAAGUGGAGCAGCGGGGGCGGUCCGGGACACGACGCCCCGCCACUGUGUGCGUUGCCACAGGAACUUUCUGGAAAUCGACAACCUCUUCGAUGCUUGCCGGGCUCACCAUGAUGAGCCUAUUCAAUCCCUUGGCAGUAGUAAGAUUGUGAAGUUUCCUUGCUACGGUGACUCGGAGUAUCCUGUUUAUGGACAACCGCCUCCUCUCCAUAAAACUCGGCACACCACUUGCCUCGCUCAAGUUCAAGGUCGUCAAUGUCUCUUCAAGAAGGACCUGUGGAGACCGUGCGUCGUAAAUCAGUAUGGGGAAUGUACCGAAACUCGACUGUCGACGGAGAGCUUGGACAAUGACAAUAAGUUAUUGUGGAUCAAACAUUUCUUGGGAAACGACCCCAUCCAGGUCAAUCGAUCCUGA